AUGCAGUACACGUUCCACCUUGGCUCGAAGCAGUUCACGGCGUUUGGCCAGUCCGUUUUCCUCCCGCCCGAUCUCCACUACACCAAAGUCCUAAAGCUGUCUCAAGACACAGACUGGACACUACUGCCUAAGCGGAUCGUGAUCAAGAAGGAGGAUUGCAAGUACAGCCACCUCUUUGACAACGAAAUACGCGUUUACGAGCAUCUUGAAGACCUCCAAGGGUCUGUGAUACCGAUCAUGUAUGGCCUCGGGACCAUCGACGGCGAUCGGGCUUUGGUAAUGUCGGACAUCGGAGGCACGGCGUUGGUCGAAGAAGAAACGCCGCGGAUGGAGAACUCCCAGCUCGAAGCAAAGCUCCUUCCAGUACUCCGCCAGAUUCGCAGCCGGGGCGUGCGUCUUCAGGACCUCUCGUUGCUCAACGUGCAUCUGUGCGAGGGUGAAAUCAGGAUCGUCGAUUUCGAAGCAGCUGAAAUCUUGGUGGGUGACCAGGACGACGAGGAGAGUGACGUGGCAGGUCAGGUACAAGACCUCGUCGAUUUCUAUGAACGACGUCGAAAGGGCCUGGAGGCAAUAGCCAAACCGCAUAAUAGGAGGAAACGCCGCAGUAGACGCCCCCGAACACAUGGACGUUUGGACGGAGCCGUCAAGCCCAGCUCCGCCGCAGCUGUAACGAAGUGA